UUUGUGCCAUUGUCUCACAAGCACCUUACCUUCUUUCACUCUAAUUUAACGGGCACCAACCGAACGACGAGUGACUAACCGUAAAGUAACAGUUAAAUCACAGAGAACACUGUGACCUAUUUUAACACUGUGCCUGUGUGGGUAUCUAAGAAUUAUUUAUAGACUUUCAUAGAAUGACUCCUUGAAGAUACAGUGAUGUCUUUCUUAUUGGAAUCUAAAACAUCGGAUGACAUUGCCAGAAGAACUUCUAAUACACCAUUAUCACCAUCAUCAUUUCAAGGUUAACGGAAGAUAUUCUACGAAACAAAUAAAAACCCCAUUUACAUAAAUCUGCGAAGAAUUACUGUGAAAUAUUUCUUCUGAACAGGAAUUACUGGAGAAAUUUCUCAGCUUCACUGUCUGGAAUAUGUACCAGAUGAUUCUGUAUUUUAAAUAAUCUUGGACAAGUUUAUAUAGGAGUACACCGCAUUGUUGUAUAGCUACGAAGACCUCAUUUGAAGAAAUUCUAGCUGAGACAUAUUCUUUGUGAUUAAAAAAUAAAGAAGGAAAAAUACCGUUAAUAUCCAUGUGAUAUUUGUAGUAAUGCCAGUAGACCUAUCAACUAUUGGUAUCUUUGUUGAUAAAGAUAUAUAUUUAAACGAUACUUUGAAAAGCACGAAUUGUAAGAAUUAUAUAAAAAUUAAUUUUGUGAGAAGUUGAAAAAAAAUUGAUGUAUUUUUCUUGAAGAAUUCUGAAAAUGACAGAAAAUUCCUAUAACUGUGAUGUCUGUCACAAGUCGUUCUCUCAAAAAUCUAAUCUGAAAACUCACGUACUCAUUCAUACUGGAGAGAAACCCUUUCGCUGUGAUAUCUGUGGUAAAUCGUUUGCUGGGGGUAGUAACUUGACUAAACACAAACGUACACACACAGGAGAAAAACCAUAUCAGUGUGAUAUCUGCGGAAAAUCAUUCUCCGUAAAUCACAACUUGACUUCUCACAAACUCAUUCACACGGGAGAGAAACCAUAUCACUGUGACAUCUGUGGUAAAUCUUUCUCUCAAAACAGUCUCUUAACUUACCACAAACGCAUUCAUACGGGAGAGAGGGCUCAUCGCUGUGAUAUCUGUGGUAAAAUAUUUUCUGAAAGUGGGGCUUUAACAAGACACAAACGUACUCAUACAGGGGACAAACCAUAUGACUGUGAUAUCUGCGGUAGUGCUUUCUCUCAAAGUGAUUUCUUGACAAGACACAAACGUAUUCAUACGGGUGAGAAACCAUAUCACUGCGAUAUCUGUGGUAAAUCAUUCUCUGAAAGUGGUGCUUUAACAAGACACAAUCGCACUCAUACCGGGGACAAACCGUAUCACUGUGAUGUCUGUGGUAGAACGUUCUCUCAAAUAGAUUUCUUAGUAAGACACAGACGCAUUCAUACAGGGGAGAAGCCAUACCAUUGUGAUAUUUGUGGUAAAUUGUUUGCUGGGUGUAGCGAUUUGACCAGACACAAACGCAUUCAUACCGGGGACAAACCAUAUCACUGUGAUAUCUGUGGUAAAGCAGUUGCUAGAAGCAGUGACUUGACCAGACAUAAACGUACUCAUACAGGAGAGAGGCCAUAUCACUGUGAUAUCUGUGGUAAAUAUUUCUCGCAAGCAGGAGGCUUAUCCAGGCACAAAUGCAUUCACACAGGAUAGAAAUGAUAUCAUUAUGAUGUUUCUGGUGAAUUCUUUUCUUCUGGGGUUGUCUUAAAUAAACAAAAACACAUUUAUACAGCUAAGAAACCACAUCUCUUUUACUUGUUUUAGUCAUUUGACUGCGGCCAUGCCAGAGCACUGCCUUUAGUCGAGCAAAUC